AUGAAGCUCUUUUCUGUCCUGCUGCUGGCCAGCCUGGCCUCCACCUCUCUGGCCAUCCUUCAUGAAUCAGAAGAUGAAAUCCCUUCGAAGACUCAAGUCAUCAGUGACUUCCCAGCUUCCCAGUUUGCUUCUAACAACCAUCCCAGGAAAGCCUCUAUCUCCAGUGAGGACCUCACCGUGGAGCCUUUCAUCUUCAGUGAAGAGCUGAUUUCCAAAGAGAACGUGGUGGUAAAAUCCACCAGACCAAUGAGUCAAAAACCUGAAAUCCUUCACCCCAUACUCCAAGGGGACAGUUCCAAAAGUUCCAUAGAAGAGACAACAGAAUUCACUCCUACUGCUGGUAUGAGCCAGGGAAGAGAGGAAAUGACUGGGGAGCAACCACCUCGGAGGGAAAACUGA